UAAUAGUGAAUGCACGGGUCAUGAAUAUUUGGAUCAGGCCUUGGCCGUAGUAGUUUGAGAUAUUUGGGCUGGUGUGAAUGCAGCGAAGAUGGCGGAGGAGGAGGGCAGCGCGACUGAGGCUGUGGCCCUCAGACAGAAAUUUCAGGAUCUUAUCUCUGAAUUAAAAAGGAGCUCCGAGUCGACGCUAGAUGCCUCCAAUAGUUUUUGUCGGGAUUUUUGUCAAGUUUUGAUGCAGCAUGGAUGUCAGUGGAGACCAGAUGAAGAUCCGCUUCCUCUGUUGGAGAUGUACACUGUAGCUAUAAUGUGCUGCGCUGAGGCUAGCCCGUUCCUCAGCCCUGAAUGUGAACACCUAUCAGAUGUGCUGGACAAGUUAUCAUGGAGCUGUCUGAAUCUUCUGUUGUCAUUCCCCGGGAAAAUCCCUGGUGCCUUAUGGGAAGAGUUUCAAUCUUCUGUCAAGGUGGCUCAUGACAUCCUUCAGGCACGUGGAAACCCGCAGCUUCACUCCCUGUUGACUCUGGUGGAGGAGAAUGGUGUGUGGUCCAACUCCACUCUGUGUAGCCUUCUCUCAAGUGACAUCCCUAAUGUAGAGAAAGUACAUGAGUUUUUAUCUCGAGAAGGACCUGAACUACUUCAUAUGCGUAUAAAGCACCUCAUCAAACUGAAGCGUAUGGAUAAAGCUGCAAUACUGGCAAAGAUAUGCGCAGAGUUUCCUGAAUUUGGAGGAAAGAAUAACUUUAAACAAAUCUACCUCGUAUGUCUGUGUGAAAUAAAGCCACAACAAGAACUUAUGCAAGAGAUAAAGGAGGUAGACUGUAAGGAGGCUCUGGACAUGAUUUGUAAUUUGGAGUCCGAGGAAGACGAGAAGGGAGCUCUCAGUCUUUGUACUGCAUUUUUCAAGCGCCAGCUUCUCAGUGGGGAUGCUUAUUGUGCCUGGGAGCUGACACUGUUUUGGAGUAAACUUCUAAUACGGCUCGAAUCAAAACAGGCCUUUUUGGAGCAAUGCAGACUGUUAGCAUGCCUCGCUGUGAGUGUGUACCAUAUUCUUCUCCUCAUCAAAGUCAUUCAGGCUGAGGAUGAGAAAAAUGGACUCUCAGUGUGCAUCGAAAUGUGUAUUCAAGCACUAAAAAUGGGAGUUCAUGAUAAUGAGGGCUGUAAUAUCACUAUCUGCAAAACAAUCUCUUGUUUGCUGCCUUUGGAUUUGGAAGUAAAACAGGCUUGUCAACUCACUGAGUUCCUGAUAAAUCCGUCUUUGGACUCUUACUAUGCUGUUGAGACUCUUUUUAAUGAGCCUGACCAAAAGCUUGAGCAGGAGGAUCCACCAAUUCUGAACUCACUACGCUGUGACCUGUUGUUGGCCUUAAAGACGAAGUGGCCUUUUGAUCCAGAGUUCUGGGACUGGAAAACUCUAAAACGUCAAUGCCUUGCUUUGAUGGGUCAGGAGGCAACAGCUAUAUUGUCUACUGACAAAUGUACUGACAGUGAAGACAAUGAAGUCCAUGACCAUGAUGAAAAAUAUUUUCAACAUCUACAUUUUACCAAUAGUCCUACUUACGAACUCAGUGAAGUUGAAGCAGAAAGAAAGAAGAAAAGGGAAAUGAAGAAGAUGAGAGAGAUGGGAUUUGUUUCUGCUCGAUUCCGCAAUUGGCAAGCUUAUAUGCAGUAUUGUGUAUUGUGUGAUAAAGAGUUCCUUGGACACAGGAUUGUGAAGCAUGCAUUGAAGCAUGUUCAAGAUGGGAUUUACCGUUGCCCAAUAUGUGCUAAAACAUUUGAAACUAGGGUAGUUCUAGAGCCUCAUGUGGCAUCUCAUGUGAAACAGUCAUGUAAGGAACGCCUUGCUGCUAUGGGUGUAAGCAAGAAACGUACCAGUAUUGACACCAAGUUGACAGCAGCUAGCAGUACCGUGAGAAAAGAAGAGCACGACAGCAAAACUGCUGUGGAAGUUAGCCAAGGGACAGUUUGCAAUAACAGUGUAUAUGCUUCAAACAGUACUCCCAGCACAAAAGUCAAAAGUAAAAUUAAAGUGUCAUCCCCCAAACAGGGCAACCCCAUUCGUGAUGUUAACAACACUGAAUGUUGUUCAUGCCCUGUUACAAGUUGUCAAAAAGUUUUCAAGUACUUCAGGAAUUUGGUUGCACAUGUUAAGGCCCACAAAAAUGAGCAGGAAGCAAUACAUUUCCUAGAAAUACAGAGCCAGAAGGCUUUGUGCCAGUAUUGUCACCGUCAGUUUGUUAAUUUGACCCAUCUUAAUGAUCACUUGCAGAUGCAUUGUGGCGAGAAGCCGUAUUUUUGCAUUCAGCUUGGAUGUAAUUUCAGCUUUUCCUCUCAUGCUGAGCUUCAGAUACACAGAAAAGUACAUGCUGAAUUUCAGGCACAGUGUGCAUAUCCAAACUGUGAGAGAAUAUUCAACGAGACAUACUUGUUGUAUGAUCAUGAAGCACAGCACUACAUGACGUUCUCCUGCAAAAGUCAAAACUGUGACAAGGUGUUCUACACUCUGUCUGAGCUAGAUCUGCAUCAGAAAGGACAUGCAAAGAAGAAGGGCCACUCUGCUGUUGAUGGGGGCUCACCUUCUCAACUUGAAUUACUAACUCCGACUUUUCCUGCCUUAGAGCUGCCUCCAAGCCAAAUGAAAGAGGUUUCUCAAGAGUUUACCCCAGUAGAAAGGAAGCACACAGUUGAAAGCAUUACAGACACUAUUCAAGACUCCACAGAACAGCCUGAGCAUCUUGUGUCAUGCACAGCUCAGUUGACAGUAAGUGAAAAUGAUUCCCUAACAACUAAUGCUGUUCAGCCUGAUGAAUCUGAGACACCUCAUUGUCUUGAAAGUACAAAGCAAAUGCAUCUUGAAUCUUGCUUUGUAAAGCUGGAGCCUAUUCCCAUCAAGUGCAAUGAUCCGAAAUAUUUAGAUGCUCUAAAGAAUGCUGACAGUGAAACUCAAAUACUCUUGAAAGAUAAGAAAUUGUUUUCUUUCACAUUGCGUCAGCUUAAAUCGUCCACAUUGAAGUCGUCUCUCUCUGUGAAAAAAGCCAACAAAGAAGAAGGUCUGACUCAUGUGUGUCCAUUCGAAACCUGCACACGGAAAUACAGCACCUCAAAAAGUUUGUCGAGACAUGUCAAAAAUGUUCAUUCUGAAGCUUUUGAGGAAUGGAAGUUAUCUAAGAAGUACAAAAGGAUUGCAGAAAUUGCUGCAAAAAAGUCGUCGUCUGAGAGCACAACCACGAGUUCUCAAAUACCGAAAUGGACAAGCCGUUCCAGACAAACUGAACAUACUACAUUUCUGGACUCAGUGCUUGAAAGUACUUCCUCUGUUUUCUCCAAUCACGAUAGUAUGCAGUCCAUAAGUGCCAAGUUUUGCUCUCAGCUUGAAAACACUCAAAGUGCAGCAUUACCAAACCAGACAGAUCUGAUGCAAUUACCAAUAACUCAGACAUGGGCAGCACCUUCAAUGGAGAAUUUGGAUUCAGGUUUUUCUGUACUUCCCUACCGCUCUACGAUUUUAUCUGACAACCAGCACACAAACCCAUCAUACCAUUCUGACACAGUCUUAGAUUACGCGUCUGCCUCAUCUUAUGAUGACAUCAACCCCCUUUCUGUGAAUGCCAACACACCCUCAAGUGUGAUGAACGAAGCCUCAAAAUAUGUGUCAAGCUCUCUUAGAGUACUACAUGCCCUUAACAGUGAGCAGACUUGUGAUUUGUCACAGGUUGAGUCAAGCGUUAAUCCUGGAUUCAGUCGGAUUGGACAAAACCAUCCCGGUGAUAUUUCCAUCUGCCCUUUGUCUGGGCAGAAUGGCAGCCUAUAUUUUUCAACUUUGGCUUCAGAGGCAGGUCCUAUUUCAGUGCAGCCAUUGGGAAAUUCAAACAAAGAAAUCAGCACUGAUAGUACUGAUGCAUUACUCUCAUCAGAUGUAAAAACUGUGUCGAAUCUUUUAACCCCUCAUUUUAAGGAAUCAUCAGAAGAUUUCUUUAGUGUUGGUGAGAAAAGUCCAAAAGAUUUUUGUGAUCAUGAAUUGACACAGGAAGGAACAGAAGGAAUCCCUUCAGAUGAUCAGAAUGUUUCAGGUUCUGGUGAAACUAGGAAAUCCAAAAAAGUUAAAUCAUCUAAGAGAGCAAAAUGGCCUGCCAUAAUACAGGAUGGGAAAGUCAUUUGUUGCAGGUGCUACAGAGAGUUUUCAAGCACAAAGUCACUUGGAGGUCAUUUAUCAAAACGUUCCCAGUGCAAACCUGUAGAUGAAAUUGAUCUUACUGCUGACUUACCAGUAUCAUUUCUUGAUUUUCUGAAUGAUCCUGAUAUUUCAACGGCACAAAUACCUCUCCCCAUGAUUGACAUACUUGAGCAGACUCACAAACCCUGCAUCUAUGCACCAUCAGAAUCAAAUACCUUUAACAGUAACACUUUAAUAAGCAUGCAUGGUGGCACAGAUAGCAUCCAGAACACUAAUUUGUCCUGUCAAGACCCCACUGAAGUGACUACAAAUUACAGUUUAUUUCAUCCACCUGUAUCAAACACUGGCAUAGAAAUCAAACAUGAAGCUGAAAUCAUCUCUGCAAAUACUGGUGAAGAUGGCAAAAUCGUAGAAAUUGAAAGGGCAUUACAACGUCUUGAUUUAGUUGAUAUACUCAGUCGAGACAAAUGUGAGAUCAAAUCUGAGAGCACUAACCUGCAUGAUCAAAGCUCUAAAGAUGUCACCAGAAAUGAUCAGUGUCACACAAUUGAAGAUCCUGUACAAAACGAGCAGAAAUGUGUUUUAAAGCCCUUUAGAUGUGAAGAAGGCUGUGUUUAUGGAGCAAUGACAAAAGAAGCUUUAUUUAAACACCUUAGCCGUGUACAUGAUUACAGCGAGGACAGGAUAAAUCAAAUGAAGAAAAACCCUGACAAAUUAGCACCAUACAACUGUCAUUUAUGUUCAAAGGGAUUUACCAGAACCACAGGCCUUAAAAUCCACUACAAAAAUGUCCACCAUUUUUCAAAAGAAGAAAUGUCUCACUUGAAAAUCGGUCUUGGUUAUAGAAAGAUCAGAAAAUCUACAUCAAAGUCAAAAAAAGUCAUCACUGACCAGGGAAAUGACUCCCUAUCAGAGCAGAUUCAACACCAAAUCAAUCCAAAUCUGACUGUUACAUCUGUUGAUUCAAAUGUUGAAGGAGAAGCCAACAUUGUUACCAAAAGAAAAAAGAAACGCCCCACACAAAAGUCCCUUACAGUUUCCAGCACUGAGACUUGCAGAACUGUGGAAGCAUCAAAGGAAAACGUAAAUCUUGAAGGGCUUUCAGCUACAUGUGUAAAACCGCUGAAAGACCCGUCUCUGACUGAAGAGAAUCAUGUCAGUGAAUUAAAUGAACCAUGUAUAUUUGCAAUGCAAGAGCUGAGUGAUGGAAGCCCCCAUCUCUUUGACACAAUGGAUGCUCCAGACGAAAGAACAGAAAAUCCAACUCCAGAAUCUAACAGACAAAUUGAAAUGAAUUCAGAUGUGAUGGUUGAUAUUCAAGAGAAACCUACAAUGCCAAUAGACACCAUUGAUCCUGGUGAUUCAAGUGAUGCGCACUGUAUGUUCCGGCCAUAUCGAUGUGUGCAUGAAGGAUGUGUGGCUGCCUUUUCAAUCCAACACAAUCUUAUCCUCCAUUAUAGGGCUAUGCAUCAGUCAGAACGUGAUGAAAAGAACAGUGCUAAAGAAACUGAUGGAGUUGUCCAAGUGCAGGAAUACAGAUGCCAAGUCAAACAAUGUUCAAAAGUAGUGUCGAAAGUUACCAGUUUGUUGAAACACUAUCUUUUGCUCCACAGAUGCACAUUGGAAAAGGCAAGUGCAUUGUUAUCCGGUGUUGAGGUAGGCACGUUUCAGUGUGACCAGUCAAAAUGUUCUGCUCACUUUACGUGUCAUUUGAAAUACAUUGAUCAUAUCAAAAAUGAUCACAAAGCAAUAAAGGUUUCAGCAGAUGGGGACUUUGAGAGUGUGGACCUCACAUUCAGAUGUCAAUUUGAAGGUUGCGAUAGGGUCUAUACAACCAAGUCAAACCUUCUUCGACACCUUAUGAAGAAACAUGAUGCUACUUUUGAAACUAUGAAAGAGAAACAAAAAAGUGGAAUUGGGAAUGAUGUUCAAGCAAAAAAGUUAAGUGCGAGUUCUAACAAUGGAAAAGAGAACAUUGCAAAUAACAAUAUAAAAAUGAAAAAGAAGAAUUCAAAAAAGAGAGAGGACAAGGCCAAAAACCUUUUGAUGACCUUAGAAAAGCCUGCUCUUAAAUCCAUUGAUGAAGCAUCUGCCAUGUGCAAUCAAAGACUUCCUCUACAGUACCCAUGUAUGGUUGAGAGUUGUGAUUCAAUAAUGAGUGAUGAGCAGAGUAUAUUGAAACAUUACACCACUCAUGGCCUCACGGAACAGUACAUUGAGGAUCAAAGAAGCCAGUUCAUAUUUUGCAUGAAAAGCAGUGAGAUGCCCAGAGCAGAUAGUACGUCAAAAAAUAUUGAGGUGGAGCAAACAGUUUUUGAUGAAGAUCACACAGAAAAUGUGAACGUCAGUCCUCAAGAUGUUGGCCCAGAUCCUGCAGCUGAGGUUCUAGUUAAUGAAAGUUUCACUGCCACAACCAUGCCUGUGGUCAAACGGAAAAGAGGUCGUCCACGAAAGUCAGAAUGUAGAAACAAAAUGUGUGUAGAAAGAAAGAAAAGUCUUCGUAACUGCACCGGGGAGCAUGUUAAAUGUAUGCUGAAAGUCUCAGGAUCCAUAUUGAACUCAUCUAGCUCUCAAGGGAACCAAGUAGAGAAAGACUUUGCACUAAAACUAUAUAAGCCUUCAGAGUUUGAGACAUCUGUCCUGAAGUUCAGUGAAGACACUCUAUCCAAUCCAUCAAAACGACAGCGAACACUUCAACCAAUCAUCCAAGAGAGAGAUCAAGUCCAAUGUCUUGUUAAUUUCAGAAAUCCACUAAAGAUUGAGAAUGUGAAGAAUGUUAAAAUUGUUAUGGAUGAGAACCUAUCCAGUUGUUCUGAACUUUUGCUGAAGCAACUUCAAGAUAUGCAGCCCAUGGUCAUCCUGGAAAAGGGGCUGCACAGUUGAUGGUUAGAUUAGAGACAUAAAAUCAAGGCCUUGCUCUCAGGACCACAUACUGUGUCACAUGCUGCUGGCAGGUACAUCCGGUUACACUCCCUUGCAUUUAUAGUAGUUCCAACACCUUGUUUGUUAAUGGAUUUUGAUUAGUGCUUUAGAAGAAAAACAACUUUUGUACAAUAUUUAACAUUUUGAUGUACCAUUAUGGUUGUGUUAAAAAAACCAUUUUGUAUUUCUGAAAUUCUCGGAUGAAUAUUAGAUGAAAACAUUUUUAAAAAUGUUCAAUUUUGUGUAGGAUGAAAAAAGUUAUGAUAUAUCCCUGUGGGAUUUGUAUUCUUUUUUUUUUUUUUUGUUGUUGUUGUUGUUGUUUUUGAAAGUAUUUAUUUUUAACUUAACAGUAGUGUCAAUGUACUUGUCUUCCACCUAACAUUCAAUUUAAGUAAACUGAAUGCUCAGUGUAAAUUGUGGCAUCCACAUGACUGCUUGGUGUCGGAUUGUGGUGUUUGCAAUUCUGAGGUUUUCUCCAGAAAUCAAGAAUGAGGUGAAAUGUUUCAGUGUGAACAUUCAAUAUAGCACAGAGUUGAAGGACAGAGUACAAAUUAAGGACGGAAAAAAUAAAGAUGUUAAAAGAA